AUGGCUUUGAAGCCCAUCUUAAUCGAUGAAGAUGAAAACGACGAAGAGUUGAACGAAGAACUCCAAAAUCUCGACGAAAGUGAGAUAGCUCUUUUAACGAGACAACUCCGUCGUGUACUACAAAGUAAAGCUCAACGGUAUGGAAAAGGCUUCCUUAAAUCGAAUAAUCAACAAAGAGUUUUUAACUCUAACGGAAGGCCAAAUUACUCUCAAAAUUAUACUCCUAACAAUAAGAGUAAUUAUCCUACCACGGGCUAUAACAAGGGCAAAAUCAAUCAAAGUCCAAAUGGUUAUAAUAAUGCCAAUAACAAUGGUACUUACACUCCUCCUAAGCCAAAAGAACAAAAUUCGGAGGAAACACCUAAUGUGUGUUUUGAGUGUAAGCAACCCGGUCACUUUAAACGGGAAUGUCCUAAGCUCUCAAAGGGACGAAUUCUCGUGGCCGAGAAUGGUUGGGAUUUAAGUGAAGAUGAAGAAACUUCGGAAGCUACGGAAGAAGUGGUCAACUUGUGUUUAAUGGCUCUCGAGGAUGAUUCUUCAUCAUCGGACAUCUCCACUUCAAAUGAUGAGGUAAGCUCUCGUACUAAACUUUUACAUAAUAUGCAUCUUUUUAAUGACUCUUCGUUAAACUUGCUAGAUAUGAGUAAAAGUGAUUUGAUUGAUUUGUUGGUUGAAAUGAAUGAAAGAAAUAAUAGUGUAAAUCAACAUACCCUCUCUCGGAUUAGUGAAUUAAAUCUUAAACACGAGGAGGAAGUCUCAUCUUUAUGUGAACAAAACGAUUUCUUGAAAAAUGAAAACAACAAGUAUAAGGAUGUUGUUACAAAGCUAGAAAUCGAAAAUAUAUCCUUAGUUUUGAACACCGAAGAAUUAGAAAACGAGAAGUUACAAUUAAAUGAAAACACUCGUAUGCUUCAUGUUGACUUACUAAACUUAAAAAUUCAAAAUGAGUCAUUGGCUCAAGGUAAGUCAAAUUCGGUUGUUCAAAAGGAUAAUGAUGAAUUGGUUCAUGCCUUAAGUGAAAAAGAUGAAAUAUUCGAGUUGGAAACUCAAAGGCUUAAAGAUGAACACUCCAAGAUCUUAGCUCAAGUUAUGGAUCAAGAAAGGAUUCUUAACGACAAAAUUAAUAUUUUGAGCAAAGAAAAAGAUGAUCUUGAGAGAACACUUCAAAAGUUCACAAAAGGGAAUGAGUUGUUAGAUAAAAUGGUACAUUCGAAAAUAUCAUAUAACCAUGAAGGUUUAGGUUAUGAUAAAAAUGCUCAACCUAAGAAGUUUGUACAAGGAAAGAAACAAACUACUUUUGUUCCCGCAACACCAAAGUAUAAAUGCUCUUAUUGCAAUAAAGAUGGACAUACGGUUGAAUAUUGCAAGAUAAAGAAUGGUGAGAUUAAGGGGAAGUAUAUGUGGGUUCGUAAAGGAACUAAAACAUAUACAAAGGUUGAUCGUUUUGUACCAAAUAACUAUGUUGAUGGCACUCAGAGAAAACCAAAGUUUAGUUAUGUUCAAAAACCCAUUGCUUAUCAAAAUAGAAAUUCGGAGUAUAAGACAUAUACUAAUGGUCAAUCAUCUAGAAGUCAUUUUGUUCCUAGUCAUCGUUUCUAUCCUCAAAAUACCAUGUAUUAUUCAAAUGAUAGAAACAACAUGUAUCAAGGUGGCAACUCUCAAAGAAAUAAUUCGCAAAAACCAAGAUACUAUGAUUACUCUAGGAACAAUGCAUCUAGAAACUCCUAUGUGCCUACUCAUGCUUAUACCAUGCCUAGUUUCUAUAAUACAAAUGUUUAUCAUGAUACUCUAAUCCGAGGACCCUCAAGACAAAAGGGUACCUAUAAAUUCUAUUGA